GUAUAUGACGUCAUCGUCUUUCAAAAUGGCCGCGCUGUAGGAAUUUCACGUUUCUUUCAAAAUUAUCGAAGACAGUCUUACAGAAAAAUAAAGUAGAAUGGGAAGCGGAAGUUCAAAAAAGUCGUCUGCUGCGAAAGCGGACGCUGAUGGUGAUAAAAAUAAAAAGAAGAAAAGCAUAAUACGGAAGUCGAAUGAUGGAAGUUAUGACGACAAUGUUACAAAUACACGACAACCGCCAAAAGGAAUCCGGAAGCACGUGGCAUCAGAUAGGCGGAAAUCAGACGAUGUGACCAGACAGCUUGUGGUGCUCGAAUCAGAGAAUCUGGCGCUAAGUGGUGACUGGGAAUUAGAGAAAGGCGUUGACAGUGAGAUAAAGCUAACUGAUGUUUCGUACCCGCCACCUCGUCCUAGCAAACCUAUUACAGACACCUCUUCUUUCAGCGCUGUUGAUUUCGAAGUAAUCAUGAACAAUAUGAACGAUCCAAAACUAGCAGGUGGCAGUAUUGAAGACGUCGCUGCACGACUUACAGCCGACUAUAGCACAGAGAUUGCCAAGGUUCGAGCACUUACAACAUGGAUGAGCUGCCAGAAGAUUCGAACCCGGGCGUACGGUAACGACGCCAAGCCGGGUACUGUAUUGGGUUAUAUGAAACAGAUAAAAGAAUUACAGGGAACAUUUGCUGGUUUACUAGCACUGUUAUGUAGGGCCAUAGACAUACCUUGUGUUAUCAUAAAAGGAAUAUACAAGUCACACUGCCAUCAAGUUGGAGAAGAUGACGUCAGCAAUUCUAAAUGCACGUGGAACGCCGUACACGUAGACGGAAACUGGCAACUCGUGCAUCCAUAUCUAAUGUGUACCCCACUUUCUACACAGACGUGUAAAGAUAACUGGACACAAAUAGAGACUUCUGUAGUACAGCAGGACCAAAAACCCGGGGUCGUGUUAAAUACAUUCUUUUUCGCGCCGAAACCUUCAGACUUUUUAUAUUUUUGUCUUCCCGAUGAUUCAAUGAGUAACUGGCAAUUAACUGAGACGAAAACUCAUUACAAAACCUUCCUAAAGUCGCCCUUUCUCCGUCCGGCUUUCUUCUCUUCCAAAAUGCAACUUGUGAGUGAACACAAAUCAGUUUUGUUGUCAGAAGGUGGAAGGUGUAAUAUCAAGAUGCAGUGUCAACAGGAAAACGUGAACGAUUUAGAGUUAAUGUAUGAACUGUACUCAAAUGAUCCUGAAUUUGAGAAGAAAGAAGAAUGGGGAGAUUUAGUAGUGUGCGGCCGUAAUGAGGACACUUGGAAUAUACAGAUAAAGUUCCCGGUUGCUGGGACCUUUAAAGUAGCACUGUUUGCUAAAUUAGAAGACUGGUUCUUUUGGAUAGGCGAUUUUAAAAUUGUCUGCGGAGAAUCUCUCAUAGACUAUGUCGCAACACCAGCGGUGCCUAAAGAAAUUGGGUACGGUCCUUCAACCGGAAGUGAGGAGGCGGGUCUAUUGUCUCCAUCACAUGACGGCGGUAUUGUAUUCUAUAAACCAAACGAAGAACAUAUCAUUAAAUUCCUGACAAACGAGAAGGUAUUAUUAAGUCAUGAAAUAGAAAGCACAGGAAGUGAAAGCGAAGACUUGCAACACUAUUGUAAGAUGAUGGUGCGGAAAAGUGAAAUUGACUUUAUCAUAAACCUGCCGUCGUCGGGAGAGUUUGCUCUGCGUAUUUAUAAAGUUGACGAAUUGGGAGAACGGCAAAACGUCUGCAACUAUUUGUUCAUAGAUUCAGAUGAUGGUAGAAAACGAGAGAACGUUUUCCAGAGAAAAGCGCGCGUAAAUAUGCGACAGACGACAGCUGGUCAUGACAUCGAGACGCUUGAAAAUGCUGUUCAGAAGUUUGAUCACGUCAAGCUUCCACACGAUGACGACUAUCAACGAGGAGAAAGAAGAUUAAAGUACCUAAAGCUAAAGAAAGGUUUACGUGACGGCAGGAUGCGACGUCACGAAGGAACGCUGUGUAAAGCCGUUGAUGACGCAGAGAACUCGAGAUUUCAAGCCGCGUUGGAGCCGAAUAUUCAGAGAGCGCGGGAAAUCCUGGAAUCUCUACAGUCGUUGGAUAUACACUGCCAUCCAGUCCAACAAAUGGACCAGAAGACAAUUUCAGAAAUAGCCAAUUUCAAUAAUCCUCCGCAUGACGUACACAAUACCAUGAUGGCGACGUAUUUACUGUUAGGUGAAGACAGACAAUUUCUUCAGAAAUGGGGCAAUAUUCAGGCGCUGUUACGGCGACAGGGAAAAGAAGGCGUAAAGUACCGGGUCAACGGGUUUCGUGACGGAGAAAUGCCCAACAAAUCUACAGUUCAACAAGUGCAGAAGUUACAUGACAGUGUUCCUAAAUCUUACAUCGUUUCUGCAAGUCUAAGUGCAGCAGCCUUCUACGAUUGGGUCUCAGGUGUUCUGUCAUAUUUAAAUAACACCUCCCAAAAUGCAACAGACCCGGACGACUCAUUUGAAGCAGACGACAUGUAUGGCCAUGAUGACCUUUAUGACGUCAGACAACCAAAAGAUAAAAUGGUAGCGGAUGAUGGAAAUAUUUCGCAGGAUGAAGGGUUUCUGGACAGCCCUGAAAUGGAGACUAGUACGAGGGUCGGCACGGGCGUCUGAUAAACACGGUCAGCACGGACAUGUUAUAAACACGGCUGACAAGGGGGGGGGGGAAUAAAUACGGGCGUCUUAUAAACAAUCGUUAUCAAAUCCAGUGUGCAUCGGUACAUUAAAUAUUACGACUUUGCGGAUGUUCUCUUCUCAAAAGGUAUAAAACUCAAAAUAGAUCCGAGUCUAAGGGAUAGGAGUGUUGGAGGAAAAUCAGUAUAAUUAGACGGUUGUGUCUCUGUUAUUUAAACACAUUAUACUUAAUAUUCAUAGAAAAAAAUCACUAUUACCUAAAAGACCUUAGAGAAAGGUCUGCCAAUUACAAUGUACAUGUGGGAGCUUUCAUAGAUUUUUUUUCAUAAAAACAAAUCCUUAGCAUAGCUUACUUUUGGCGGUCAAAUCAUUCAGAGAAAGUAAGUAAUUAUUCUACCUCAACAGAACUUUAUACUUUUUAACAAAGCAACAUGGCUGAUUCGAAAAAAGUAAAUGAAAAUCAGAAAUAUAUAUACAGUACAUUUAUCUGCAAAUUACAAAAACAAAUUGUGUGUUUUUUUUAUACCAUUUUCGCCACAUUUUUAUUUU